AUGGAGAAUCUCACAACUGGUGCUGUCCUGAAAGAUAAGUUGACCAACAUCGCGAGCGACCUCAUCAGCAAGGUGGACCACACGGUGCAAAACCUGGGAAAAACAAAGCCGUCUGAAGACGCGCCCAUCACCUUCAAGGUGGUCCAUCGAGGUGGUGCUUUGGUGCGCAGCGGCUAUGAGACCACCUCGGCACAGGUGCAUCAACUCUCCGAAGGCGAAAUCGCCACGGUAGUGGAGCAAGCUGGUCGAAGGGUUCGCAUCAUUUCCCCUGUGGAGGGCUGGGUCUCCGUGGAGACAAAGGACGGAGUCACCAUCAUGCGGCCGACGACCAUCCAAAGACGCGGCUACAAACAAGAGGCCUUCGAGAGUCACUUCGAAAGCAAGUUCGAACGUCUCAAGGCGAAGCAGCGUCAGGGCGGCUAUGAAGAUGAUCCACGCGCUGAGAGCUCCUGGAAAAGGGGCAAGGAUCGAAGCGAAGAACGGUCCUAUGACCAUUAUGACCGGGACGACCGGUUCAACGACCGCCGCGACGACCGAUACGCGCGGGAUCGGAGAGAUGAUCGUGGCUACGAUGACCGAAGAGAUCGGAGAGAUGACAGGACCGGUGGUCCACUAUUUCCUUAUCGUUGCUUCGCCGGAAGAUUCUGUACGAAUCCCCAUGGCGAAUCGGCGCCAGCUUUGUGA